AUGGGUGGACAUAGCGGUGAUGCUAUGGAUUGGACCGAAGAAUGUGAAAAGUAUUUGUUAGAUAUAUUACACGAAAGAGUUAAAAGAGAUCCUAAUGGGGCUCCAAUCUUCAAAGGAACUGAUUGGGUAGAAAUGGAUGAACAAAUUUUUAUGAAAUUUGCUAUAAGAUAUGGCGCUGAGAUGUUGAAAGGAAAAUACCACCGUAUGAGACCUAUGCAUACGAAGUUUAGUGAGUUGAUCAACCAUACAGGUGUCACAUGGGAUGCUGCAUCAGGAAAACGAGAUAAAGUUUUUAAAACAUUCAAGAAAAAGGGUUGCAAGAUCUAUCCAUUGUUGAUUCUUGUGUUCAGUGGUUCUACAGCUUAUGGUGCUUUUCAUAAUGCAUCCACUUGUGCUCCUCAAACAUCAGAAGAAGAGCAUAGAAUUGAGGAUGAGUACCUAGAUGUGGGUAGUGUUGGCGAGAGUGCGUUUGAUGGGAGUAACCGGAAAGGAAAACAUGCAUGGUCAGAUUCAAUGAUUGCUAGAAAGGAAAGGGAUUUAGCAAAAGCAGAGAGAUAUAAGUCAAAGUAUGGAGACACAACAAGCUUGUUUGUAGAGGAAUACUCUGUUGGUGAUUGCAUGGCUACCUUGGAAGCUACAAACGGUGUUAGUUCUAGAUCUUACAACAAGGCAUUAUCGUUCUUUCCUGAUAUUAAUUGGAGAAAAAUGUUCCUAAUGAUGUUUGAGAAUAGGAGGAAAGAUUGGCUUGAUUCUUUGGAUGAGUAG